CCUGCCCGCCCGGCCCGCCGCCCGACGUGGCUCUCCCCGGGAGGACCCGGGGCUCCUCCGCCGGAGUUGGAGGUGGGCUUCAACUUUUGCUCGCUGUCUUCGCCGCCGUCACCCCGCGGUCCCGCAGCGGGCUUCUCCCCGCGGCAGCGCAUCCCCGUCCCGGGUGGGGAAGGCAGCCCCGUGCAGCCCGGCCCCACCAUGACUUCCAAAGAAGAACCCAAGCCCUCCUCGGGGGAAGAACGGCGGCGGAGCCCCUUGGAUCACCUCCCACCGCCGGCCAACUCCAACAAGCCCCUCACACCCUUCAGCAUCGAGGACAUCCUCAACAAGCCCUCGGUGCGGAGGAGUUACACCCUCUGCGGAACGGCCCACCUCCUCUCCGCCGCCGAGAAGCACCCCCCGGCCGGGCUGCCCCUCUCCGGCCGGGCGCUGCUCUCCCAGACCUCGCCCCUCUGCGCCCUGGAAGAGCUGGCCAGCAAGACCUUCAAGGGGCUGGAAGUCAGCGUGCUGCAGGCGGCAGAAGGCCGGGACGGGAUGACCAUCUUCGGGCAGCGGCAAACGCCGAAGAAGCGUCGGAAGUCGCGGACGGCCUUCACCAACCACCAGAUCUACGAGCUGGAGAAGCGAUUCCUCUACCAAAAAUACCUGUCGCCGGCGGACCGGGACCAGAUCGCCCAGCAGCUGGGGCUCACCAACGCCCAGGUCAUCACCUGGUUCCAGAACCGCCGCGCCAAGCUCAAGAGAGACCUGGAGGAGAUGAAGGCCGACGUGGAAUCGGCCAAAAAGCUGGGCCCCAACCCCGCCGUGGACAUCGUGGCCUUGGCCGAGCUGGAGCCCAGCGCCGAGGGAAGGGGCAAGGCACGGCCCGGGUCCCCGCCGCCGCCCCCCGCCGCCGCCCGGGAGCCCGGCGCUCCGCCGCCGCCCCGCCCCGCCUCGCCCCCCACGGAGCGGCCCCGCAGCCGCCGGGACAGCGAGGAGGAGGAGGAGGAGGAGGAGGAGGACGUGGAGAUCGACGUGGAUGACUGAGGGGCGGCCGGCAUCCCCCCGCCGUGUCCCUCCCCCCGACCCCGACAGCUCCAAACCGGCACCCUCGGCCCCCCAUCCCGGCCCCGGCAGCGCGGCGGGGCGGCUGCUCCCGUCGGUCGGAGCAAUAAGCAAUAGAACCCCACCAGAGACACACACCCCGCGAUUAAUUUAGGGUAGAGUCGAGAUCCCUCCGCCUGCCACAUCUUCGGAACGGUGCAAUUACGGACGGCUUCUGUAUAAAUAUUUAAACGUAUAUAUUGGAAUUUUUUUUUCCUUCCCCCUUCUUUUUGAGGUUUUGAUUAUUAUUUUUUUUUAAUAGCUAUCAGUGACGAUUGUUUUAUCUAUGAGGGAGACGCGUAACCUUGGAAUAAACCUGGCUUCCAGCAGA